AUCGCUCUGCACUGCAACGCUAGAUGCAACAAAUACUGACGACAUAUCCCAGAGAAACCCGGAAAAGGGGACAAGUGCUGUUCGAUGAGGGUUUUGUUGAAAGCUACUACCACACAGAUUCUGAGUAGACUGAGUGUGCACGGGCAGUUAGUACAGUAUGGAGGAGUUCCCAGAGAGCUUUAACCAGCUGGAACUGCUGAAGACCCAUGACCACCUGAUCCCCCGCGGAGCAUGCAGCCUCUGGCCGGGAGACGAAGAAGAAGAAGAAGAGGAGGGGGAAAGGAGUGAAGAGUGGUAUCAGCAGAGGGAGGAGAAUCUGAAAGACAGACCGGAGGAGCUAAUGCUGUGGGCGGCAGAGAAUAACAGACUGCCAACGGUGAAGCGGCUGCUCACGGUCGAUCCCUUGCUUGCGCAUUGCCAGGAUGAGGACGGCUAUACUCCGUUGCACCGUGCGGCCUACGGAGGUCACGCCGCCACGGCCUCUACCCUGCUGGCGGCGGGCACCGAGGUUAACUCCCGCACUGCCGACGGCUGGACGCCCCUACACAGCGCCUGUCGCUGGGGCCAAGUCGCCACUGCGUCCCUCCUGUUGCGGCAAGGGGCGGAGUUGAACGCCCAGACCAACGGCGGCCUCACAGCGCUCCAUCUAGCUGCCUCCCACCCUGGACCGGGCUCCGCCCACACGCUGGAGUUCCUCCUAUCGCAGCGCCAGAUCAAGGCGGAGCUUCGGAGUAAUAGCGGGGAGAUGGCCAGUGAAAUUGCACGCCGAAGUGGACCGCAUCACUUCCUGUUUGAGAUGGUGGAGGACUGUAACAGCGUGCUGUCUCCCCGGUGACCCACACACACACACACACACACACACACACAUACAUCAGCCCUUCUUUCCCUCUACCCAGGGGCCUUCAUGGAAGACAAGACUGUGUUCCAAGAAGUGUCUUAUGAACUUAUGAACAGUCACGUACACCACCACAUAGUCUUUCUUUGCAGUCGUGGGAGGAAACCUCAAUAUGAUGACAGUUUAUCUUGUAUAUUCUCUGUACGCUUUAUUUUGAGUCCCAAAUGGCAACAUAUUCUGUACAUAGUGCACUACUUUUGGGCCCUGGUCAAAACUAGUGCACUAUGUAAAGGAAUAGGGUGCCAUUUGGGAUGCGACCCUAAUAGCCGGGUACUUGAAAAUAACUGGUCCAAUUAGCAUCCUCUCAGAAACUAUGGGUGAAUUUUAUUUCUUUAUUUGUUUGCAUGGAAACCCACAUGAUCAGACACUGUAUUUUGGAUUAGGUCAUCUUGUGAUUGGUUGAAGGCGAUCCAAAUCAUCCAAUUGCUGACGUUCAUUUUUUUAUAAUGCCUGACAUUACAGACGUAGGCUCAAAUGGGUUUCAGCGGUGGGAUGACUAAUAUUGUGAAAUGAAGCAGAUCAGUUUGGGUUCCAGGCUAAAUUGUGUGUGCUGGAGUAAUGUUUCUCAUUGGUCUCUGAGCAUUGGGGGUGUAUUAAUCUCAUUUAUUAAAUUGAUUUGUUGAGCGUUGUGGCCAUUUUAGAAGUGUCAUGAUUUAUUCUAAUUCUAUGGUUACAGCUAAUUUGUUAGUCAUCCAAGUGUCAUCCGUGCUCGCUGUAGAAAUAAAAAAUAAAAUCAGUAUAAAUCUUUA